GCAGACUAAAAGUUGUUUCCGCCCGGUUUCGAACCGGGGACCUUUCGCGUGUGAGGCGAACGUGAUAACCACUACACUACGGAAACCGAUAGCAAGAUGUUCUAGCAAACACCACCCUGAAGCUACACAGGAUCGGGAGAGACCCGGUUGAGCGAAGACGGGAUUUCCGAGCAGCAGGGGUUCCCUGCGCCGGCGGCCGAGCUGUGUUCGGGGCUCGCGGCCACACUUCUCCUGGUACGGCCUCGUCUGGUUGCUCACCCACGAGCACUGCUGGUUCGGGCGUGUUCGGCCACCCUUCUGAGGAAGCGGACGUCCUCCGGGCGCAUCAACACGGGCGGCAAAGCGCCUCCAGGACCGGGUGAGUAGCGCGCGCGCCCAGUCCGGGCAUCCCGCGGCGGCGGCCGGCGCUCCGCGGGAAGUCGGCCCGCGAAGGACGCUCCUGUCACUGCCCCUGCAGGCUUCCCUGUCUUGUUUCAUUAAAGGAGAAAUUCUUCAGAAGCCUCGGGCAUUGUUUCGGUCGCCCCAAAGAGACGCCCUGAGUCCCAAAGCGGCACUUUUAGUCACACAGUCCCGCAGCCUGGACGGGAGCCUCUCGGAUAAACUGAGCACCGCAAACCCGGUUUGACGCCCUGCCCUCAGGCUGGGCCGCGCGCACGCACACCUCGAGGCGGUGUGGGCACCGGGCGUGCGUGGCGCCCAGCGCCGAGCUUCAUCGAAUGAACCGACGGCCCCGAACUCACCCACAGUGCGCUCAGCAACCUGCUAACCACUUUGAAAUGACGGUGACUCUAAUUUCACAAAACCCUAUAACAGGAAAGCGUGCCCUUUACAUGAGCAAACGCAGGACGACAAAGUUACCAGAUACACCCUACACCCUGUCCGGUGUUGCACACGGCAGCAUGACACUUCUCAGCACCUCGCUUUCCUCACCUCACGACAUAUCCUGAAGAGGAUUCCCUUUCUACAGCUAAAGAGUGUUCCACUGUGUGAAUGUCCAGGUCAUGAUUUCGCUCCUCCUUUACGGAGGAGCAAUUGGACGACUCGUCUGAACGACACGAGAGCGAGCGCAGGGCAGUUCCUCAACCGCGUGUGGAAACGCCCACUGGCUGAGGGAAGAUGGGCAAGGACUCCGAUCCCCGCCCCAAGCCGUCUCUGAGGAACUGAGUUCCCAAACAACAAAAUCCGUGGCCUAGAAGGGCCGGAAGUACUUGAGAUGCUCAACGGGACCCGCCCCUCCGCUUCCGGAAUCGGUUGUGGGGAGUCCCUGGUGCAGUCCUUCGUGUUCGGUUAGUAGCAUGGCGCCGGGCCGACGCGGUCACGGCACCGAGAGCGGACGGCCGCUAAGCGCUUCCGCCGUUCCCCGAAGUUUGCCUCCAGUGGCGGGGGAUGGGGGAGGCCGGUUCUUCCAGGUCCUCCGCGUUCCCUGCUCCUUCAUAUUACAGACACGUGGGCCUCCAUCGUUCUAGCCCUCCCGCCCUGUUCCCGUGUGCCUGCUAGAGCGUCUCCUCGCCGUUUCCUGUCGCCCAGGGGCCCGGGAGGAAAGAAGGGGGCGUAGCGCUACCGCGGAGGGAACUCGCGAGCUUAGGUGACUCGCAGACGCCGGAAGUGUUGGAAGGAAGACCGGAAGUGAGGGGGCGGAGCCAGGAAGUGAGGAGGGGCGGGGGUUUAUGAGGAGGCCAAGGGAACGUUGGGACAGAUUUGCACUCAGGGCCACCUGAGGGACUUGGCUGUAACGCUGAGCUCUGUCCCCUCUACUCGCAGAGACACGGUUGUCGUCUAGGAGUAGGGAACUCUGUGUGGAGGGGUGGGUUGUCGGGAGGACCUUCCUCUGUCCGCGCUUGAGGCAAGGUGUGGAGAGGCGGGGUGGGGGUGGGGCCGGGUCGUCAGGGCGUCUGAGAGGGAAGACCCCCGCCCCCCGCCCCCCCCACCGCCCAUCUACACUGGCUGACUGGACACUAAGAUGGCUGCCGUUGCCAUGGCACCCAACCCUGUGCAGACCCUUCAGGAGGAGGCGGUGUGCGCCAUCUGCCUCGAUUACUUCACGGACCCCGUGUCCAUCGGCUGCGGGCACAACUUCUGCCGAGUGUGUGUAACCCAGUUGUGGGGAGGGGAGGAUGAGGAGGACAGAGAGGAGUUGGACCGGGAGGAGGAAGAGGAGGACGGAGAGGAGGAGGAAGUGGAGGCUGUGGGGGCCGGUGGGGGGUGGGACACCCCCAUGCGGGAUGAAGACUAUGAGGGCGACAUGGAGGAGGAGGUCGAGGAAGAAGAGGAGGGUGUGUUCUGGACCAGUGGCAUGGGAGGGUCCAACUGGGACAACAUGGACUACGUGUGGGAGGAGGAGGACGAGGAGGAAGAUUUGGACUACUACUUGGGGGACAUGGAGGAGGACCUGAGAGGGGAGGAUGAGGAGGACGAGGAGGAAGUGCUGGAGGAGGACGAGGAAGAAGAGCUAGACCCCGUCACCCCACUGCCCCCACCUCCAGCCCCUCGGAGGUGCUUCACCUGCCCCCAGUGCCGAAAGAGCUUUCCCAGGCGGAGUUUCCGCCCCAACCUGCAGCUGGCCAACAUGGUCCAGGUGAUUCGGCAGAUGCACCCAACUCCUGGUCGAGGGAGCCGUGGGAGCGAGCAGGGCAUUUGUCCCAAACACCAGGAAGCCCUGAAGCUCUUCUGCGAGGUGGAUGAAGAGGCCAUCUGUGUGGUGUGCCGAGAAUCCAGGAGCCACAAACAGCACAGCGUGGUGCCGUUGGAGGAGGUGGUGCAGGAGUAUAAGGCCAAACUGCAGGGGCAUGUGGAACCACUGAGGAAGCACUUAGAGGCUGUGCAGAAGAUGAAGGCCAAGGAGGAGAGGCGGGUGACAGAGCUAAAGGUGGUAUCCACCAUCCCCUUUGCAUCAUCCCAGAGCCAGAUGAAGUCAGAGCUGGCAGCUGUGGCCUCGGAGUUCGGGCGGCUGACACGGUUUCUGGCUGAAGAGCAGGCAGGGUUGGAGCGGCGCCUCCGAGAGAUGCAUGAAGCCCAGCUAGGGCGUGCAGGAGCAGCAGCCAGCCGCCUGGCAGAGCAGGCUGCCCAGCUGAGCCGCCUGCUGGCUGAGGCCCAGGAGCGGAGCCAGCAGGGGGGCCUGCGGCUGCUCCAGGACAUCAAGGAGACUUUCAAUAGGUGUGAAGAGGUACAGCUGCAGCCCCCAGAGGUCUGGUCCCCUGACCCGUGUCAACCCCAUAGCCAUGACUUCUUGACAGAUGCCAUCGUGAGGAAAAUGAGCCGGAUGUUCUGUCAGGCUGCCCGAGUGGACCUGACGCUGGACCCUGACACGGCUCACCCAGCUCUGAUGCUGUCCCCUGACCGCCGGGGGGUCCGCCUGGCAGAGCGGCGGCAGGAGGUUGCUGACCAUUCCAAGCGCUUCUCAGCCGACUGCUGCGUUUUGGGGGCCCAAGGCUUCCGCUCUGGCCGGCACUACUGGGAGGUAGAGGUGGGCGGGCGGCGGGGCUGGGCGGUGGGCGCUGCCCGUGAAUCGACCCAUCAUAAGGAGAAGGUGGGCUCUGGGGGGUCCUCUGUGGGCAGCGGGGAUGCCAGCUCCUCACGCCAUCACCAUCGCCGCCGCCGGCUCCACCUACCCCAACAGCCCCUGCUCCAGAGGGAAGUGUGGUGUGUGGGCACCAACGGGAAACGCUACCAGGCACAGAGCUCAACGGAGCAGACACUGCUGAGCCCAAGUGAGAAACCACGGCGCUUUGGCGUGUACCUGGACUAUGAGGCUGGGCGCCUGGGCUUCUACAAUGCGGAGACUCUAGCCCACGUGCAUACCUUCUCAGCUGCUUUCCUGGGCGAGCGUGUCUUCCCUUUCUUCCGGGUGCUCUCCAAGGGCACCCGUAUCAAGCUCUGCCCUUGAUUAGCCUGCCACCCGCAGGGGCCCCUCUGGUUAGCACUUGGGGGGCGGGUGGUGGUGGAGGGUGGCCCAUAAGUUUGGGGGCUCAAAGGCUCCUUCCACUGUUUGUUGCUUCCUGCUCCCCUUUGACCCAGGCCCGCUUCUCCCUCUAGGAGCCUAAAGAACCCUCCUGGCCUGCAGCUCAGCCUUCUCUCACCUGCAAUGUCUGUCCAACAGGUCUGCAUGGGUCCCUGAUGAGAACAGCUGCCUGGUUUUCCUUCCCUCUAUCCACCUAGGGGUCUGCGUUUGAGUAGGGGAUGAGGGGAGAUUUAACUCCAUUACUUAACUUCCCUUUCCCUGCUCUAAUACCUUGUCAGUUAUCAGGCUGGGGGUACUUGGGCAAGACACAGGUCUGCUCCCAUUCCAUUUUCUGAUGCACAUUUUAGCUAAGGGAUUUGGAAGCUUUUUUUGGGGAGGCAGGUUGGGUGAAAGGGUAGAGCUGGGUAAUAAAUGUCUACUCUCCAGGGGAAGUAGGAGGGAUUCUGAACUCCUUCCAUCCUCAAUUUCUACCUCCAUAGACUGGCCAGAAUUUAGCUUGAGAGCUCUGGAAUGGUUGACAUGAUUGAAACUAUAUACCAUUUUAUCACCCAAUAAAUUAUUUUCUCCUCCUUCCUUUUUUCCAGCACUCAAACUAGGAGUAAAGCUCACCCCACCCAACCCCUCCAGGUCUUUUCACUGCCAGGCUCCUUUCCCCUUUGCUCAAUGGAGUUCCUUGUGUCAGUUUCCAGCCUCUUCAUGUCUUUAGUUCUCUCCAUUUGGUGAGCCCUGACCAGGAGCCUGGGGACUGGGGUUUGGAUCCCCGGAAGAGCCUUGGGUAUAAUCUAUUUUUCUAGUAACCCCUUGCCUUCUGUCACUUGUCAGCUUUUGUCCUCUACUUUGACAGAGGUCAAUUUAUGUUCCUGGGGAAAAGGGAAGAUGGGUUGUGUUGUGGAAAUAAAAAGUUUAUUUGCUUCUU